AUGCCAACAUUUAAUAGCUCCGUAGCAAUAUUAAUCAUAAUUGUAUUUCUUCAACAACCUACAAAUAUAAAGGCCCGCAGUUUAAAAUUCCUUAGCUGCAGCAGCCGUUACAAUCCCAAAUACUUUUCCAACUUUACCUUGUACACCUUGAACGAUAGCUUAUAUACCGAGGCUGAUCUUAUAAGACCUUUAGUGUCUGGCCUCAAAUCCAAUGUGGAUUUUCAGAUACGUCUGGCCAAUUCGAAAACCUAUCAGACAUUAUUUGGCUAUACUAUUGAUGUCUGCAGCAUGGUGAUUUCCUACAAGGACACCUUAUUCAAGCGAUGGUUUAAAAGUCUGCUGAAACAUAGUAAUUUUAUGCAAAAUUGUCCCAUACAUGAGGGUCAUUAUUAUUUGAAUGCUUGGCGCAUGGAAUCUUCAUUAAUACCCACCUAUUUGUAUCCGGGUGAUUAUCGUUUAAAGGGUUAUGGUUAUGUGGGCAAAUUGCAGAAUAAGGAUAAUUUUAUAUUGGAAUUGACCACGGAUGCGGUAAUAGUGGAGAAUUAAAUUGAA